AUGUCGGCCAAGGGGCACUACCUCCUCAAUGAGGACAAGGAGGGCCCUGACCAGGAUGCAGUCUAUGAGAAUGCCUGUCAGAAUAUUUCUCUUCAAGUUCCUUCUCAUCUUCAGGCUGAAGCACUUGUAGGCAAGGUGAAUCUGAAGGAGCGUCUCCGGUCGGCGAGCCUAAUUCAGUCAAGUGGUCCUGACUUCAGCAUUCUAGAAGACGGCUCCACUUACACAGCACAUAACCUCAUUUUGUCUUCUGAAAAGAAGAGUUUUUCCAUUUUGCUUUCAGACACUCAGAGACAGGAACAGAAGGAGAUAGAAAUUGUACUGGAAGCAGGAGGAAGGAAGAUCUACGCCUAUGCAACUACUGUGGACGGUUAUGCACCUGAGUACACACACCCCUUACUAUUCAAAGUUGAAGAUGAUAACGGUAAUGCCUCAUAUUUUGAAGACAAAGUGACUGUCUUUAGUGUGCCUGAGAAUUGCCAAACCGGAACUUCAGUGGGAAAAGUGACUGCCAUAGACCUCGAUGAACCUGAUACUCUACAUACUUGUCUGAAAUAUAAAAUCUUACAGCAAAUUCCAGACAAUUCAAAGCAUUUCUCCGUACAUCCAGACAUCAUCACCACAACUACAUGUUUACUAGAUAGAGAAGUAAUGAAUUGCUUAAUUAAUUUCUCAGUCACUAAACUAUGUUCAUUGAACUAUGAAGUACAUCGCCAAAUGGUUUUGCAAAUUGGUGUACUUAACGAAGCACAAUUCCCUAAAGCAGCAAACUCACAAACUCCUACUAUGUGCAUUACAACUGUCACUGUUAAAGUUAAAGACCAUGAUGAGGGCCCCGAAUGCCAACCACCAGUAAAAGUUAAUAAGAGUAAAGAUGCUCCCGUGGGCACAACACUCCUUGGAUACGAAGCAGUGGAUCCGGACAGCAGCACUGCUGAGGGCUUAAGGUAAUAAAAAAACAGAGAUGAAGAUAACUGGUUUGAAAUUAAUGAAUACACUGGUGACUUGAAAACUGUAAAAGUUCUAGAUAGAAAAUCAACAUUUGUAAAAGACAACCAAUACAAUGUUUCCGUGAUUGCAAUGGAUGCAGGUGAAUCUUGCACUGGAACAUUAGUAGUUCUUUUGGAAGAUGAUAAUGAUCACUCACCACAAAUUGGAAAAGAAGUGACAAUUUGUCAGCAUGAUAAGGAUUUUGCUGUUCUCAAACCUGUAGAUCAAGAUGGACCUGAUACUGGGCCACCUUUUCAAUUCAUUCUCGAUAAUUCUGCCAGCAAACUUUGGACAAUAGAGACAUUAACAGAUGAUAGACAUGGCAUUUCUGCAGAACACAUGUUAUCAGUGAGAGUAUGUGACUGUACAAUUCCAUCGGAAUGUAGAGAUGCAAGGCAAUCAAAUGAAAAACUUGGAAGAUGGGCUAUUCUUGCCAUGGUGUUGGGUUCUGCAUUGUUGUCAUGUAUUUUGUUUACAUGUGUCUGUGUUACUGCUAAGAGUACAGUAAAGAAAUGUUUUCCAGAAGAUGUAGCCAAGCAAAACUUAAUUGUAUCAAAUACUGAAGCACCCGGAGAAGAAGUGAUGGAAGCAAAUAUUAGACUCCCCACACAGAAAUCCAACAUCUGUGACACAAGAAUAUCUGUUAACACACUUGGUGGCCAGGGAGUCAAAACACAUCAAAGUUUUGAGGUGGUCAAAGGCUGCUACACUCUGGACCCCAUCAAAGGAGGCAGACAUCAGACCUUGGAAUCUGUCAAGGGUGUAGGACAAGGAGUGACGAACACCAGCAGAUACACAUACAACGAAUGACACAGCUUCACCCAACCUCGGCUUGGCGAAAAGGUGUAUCUGUGAGGAAAAGACAAGGAGCAUAAACAUUCUGAAGACUACGUUCACUCCUAUAACUAUGAAGGAAAAGAGUCUGUGGCUGGCUCUGUUGGCUGCUACAGGGAUCCGCAGGAAGAAGAGGGGUUUGAGUUUCUAGAUCAACUGGAACCCAAAUUUAGGACCCUAGCAAAGACACGUGUAAAGAAAUAAGUGUGCCUUUUAAUAGAGUAACAUCUACGAUGCAUAUGUAGGAGUUUAUUGAAUGUAAAAUGACAGCAGCAUCUGCUAAACUGUUUGUUUAUUGGAGGUAAACUUCCAGUCAUAUAGAUAAGGAUACUAUAAAUACGAAGCUUCCUCUAAUUCUCCUUGUCUGAGAUAACUUCCAUGUUCUCCAGAAAUAAAUGUUUCAUUUGUUAAUUUCCAUUUAUAUGCAUUUACAUAUUGCCCUUUCUAGGACUGUACUAUGUGCUGUCUUGCACCUUCUAUUUGAAAACUUAUGUUACUUGGUAUGCUCUGGAAGAGUAUAUGGGGAGCUAGUGAAAAGUACAUUUUUAUUUUAGAUGAAAAUUAAAUAUUUUCUUCACCGUCUUGGGGACAAUUAUGCUUUUAGAAGUAUUGUCUUUGGUGCAAGAGACUUGCUUCCUCUAUCUGCAUGGCUCUGUGCUGAAGAAUUGUUUAAACAUUCUUUGAUAGUCUCCAACUGGUGAAUAAGGCUCAUCUCCCACUAUAUUUUUCACCCUCCGGAGGUGCUCCCAGCUCGAUCCUGAGAUCUCUGUCCAUGUGGAUGCAACAUCAGGUUCCUACAGGUUCUAGAAUUGUUGGAAAGACAUGGACCAGAACAAGCUCACAACAAUUUGAGCCUCUGAGAUUUUUUUUGAAGGAUCACGUGAGAGGAUUUCCAUUAAAGAAUUGCAGCCUUGAUGCCCGUGGGUUGAUUGAAACCCAUAAAUUUGUUUUGUUUGCCCACCAUGAUGUAUUAUUACUUUUUAAAAAUAUAAAUACCUUGGCAAGGACAUGCUCUCUCUAGUGUGACACGCGCCCACCAUCUUCAAGCAUUUGGGGAACUAGCCCAGCAGGAAUUAGGCUUACAACCCUGAUACACAGUGCUUAGCCCUUUGAGUAUGCUAAAGAUUGAAUGACUAUCCUACCCGGAGCUUAAUAUUCAGGCUGCGUUGGUAAUCACUUUCAGAAAAUGUUAAAUCAGAAAAAGUGUCUGGCAUAUAUAUGUUAAAAAAUUGAAAUCUAUUAAUGCAAUUCUUACCAAACAUUUUUUGAAUGGUGGUGGAUUAAAAAAAUGAGAACAUGAGUUAAUAAACUAUUUUGAAUAUAUAGCAUUUUAAUAGGACAUUAUAUUUUAUUAAUUUAGAAAGAAACCAUGUGUUUAAAUAAUAUUUUAAUAGUGUUUUGUGCCAAACUCUAUAGAUUUAUAAACAUUAACGGUAUAUAUCACAAGGAUAUUUCUCAUUCAGACAAAAAUAAUUUUUUAAAUCUAUUAGCUAGUUAACCUUUGAAACAAAUGAGUAUCUGAUUUUCUUAAAUUUUGUGAUUAGUCUCCUUACUGUUAGUCACAGUUUCUAAGUAAAGGGGUUUCUUGAUAUGAAGUUGGAUAUUAGAGCAGAAAAAAAAAGUUUUAAUAAGUAAGAUUAUAUUUUAAAAGGUGUCCAUUUUUAUAGCCAUUGUCAGUAAAAUAAUUUUGGAGAGUAAUGCAAUUUCUGGAUCUCUGUUAUUUGAUGUACAUGUUACUCUGACAAUGAUACCAGUUUUGAAAUUUUAAAAUAUAAUAUUAAAAUUUUGGAAAUAUAUAAUAAUAACGUGUUACGUUAUAUUCUUGAAUGUAGAUGCAGUAUGUUUGCUAAGCAAUUAAAACUCACUAGUCAAACAUUAACUGACAUGUUUGUUUAUGUCUUCAUAUUUCUUAAAUUUAAGAAUGAAAGAGAAAAUUUGUAUCUGAACAUAAAAUACAAUUAAAGGUCAAAGGCUGAUUUCUCAAUCGGCAA